GGGCCAUGCCCUCAGACAGCUCAAUCAGAAGAGACAGCCAAUGUGAGCAUUGGUGGGGCCUAGGAAACGUGCUGACCCUGGGAACUUUAUUACCAUCUGUUCAACGCCUCCGUCUCACCAGCUAAAGAGCAGCCUGCUUCCUUCCUUUCUGCCCAUACUCCACCUCUCACCCUGGGGAUGGGGCUACCACUGAGGCUUGGUAUAAAGGUGUGUGGAAAUCGGAGUUAAAGCUGCCUUAGGGGUAAAGGACAGAGAUCCAGGAGGUGGGAACCAUUGGUAUUCUGGGUCUUAGCCUUCCCCAACGUUUUGGGCCUGGGCCAGUUCGAGCACCUCAGCUUCCUACACUGCCCGCCCCCUUGUUUGCCGUAUUCAACUUCCUGCCCUGCCACAGGAAGUGGGGAGCCAUAGCAGGUGCAGCGACAGCUAGCGGAGUCAUGGACAAGGAGUAUGUGGGUUUUGCUGCCCUCCCCAACCAGCUGCAUCGCAAGUCUGUCAAGAAGGGGUUUGACUUCACACUCAUGGUGGCAGGGGAGUCAGGCCUGGGGAAAUCCACGCUCAUCAACAGUCUGUUCCUCACCAACCUCUAUGAGGACCGGCAGGUGCCAGAGGCCAGUGCUCGCUUGACACAAACGCUGACCAUCGAGCGCCGGGGCGUGGAGAUUGAGGAGGGGGGUAUUAAGGUGAAGCUGACCCUGGUGGACACGCCUGGCUUUGGGGACUCAGUGGACUGCUCGGACUGCUGGUUGCCUGUGGUACGCUUCAUCGAGGAGCAAUUCGAGCAAUAUCUGAGGGACGAGAGUGGCCUGAACCGGAAGAACAUCCAGGAUUCCCGCGUCCACUGCUGCCUCUACUUCAUCUCACCCUUUGGCAGGGGGCUCCGGCCCCUAGAUGUGGCCUUCCUCCGGGCAGUGCAUGAGAAAGUCAACAUCAUCCCAGUCAUCGGAAAAGCAGAUGCCCUGAUGCCCAAGGAAACCCAGGCCCUCAAGCAGAAGAUCCGCGAGCAGCUGAAGGAAGAGGAGAUCAACAUCUACCAGUUCCCAGAUUGUGACUCUGAUGAGGAUGAAGACUUCAAGAGGCAGGAUGCUGAGAUGAAGGAAAGCAUCCCUUUUGCAGUCGUGGGUUCAUGCGAGGUGGUGAGGGAUGUUGGGGCACGACCGGUGAGGGGACGCCGCUACUCCUGGGGUACCGUGGAGGUGGAGAACCCACAUCACUGCGAUUUCCUGAACCUACGACGGAUGCUGGUGCAGACGCACUUGCAGGACCUGAAAGAGGUGACGCAUGAUCAGCUCUACGAGGGUUACCGGGCUCGCUGUCUACAGAGCCUGGCCCGGCCGGGCGCUCGCGAUCGAGCCAGCCGCAGUAAGCUUUCCCGCCAGAGCGCCACGGAGAUCCCGCUGCCCAUGCUGCCUCUGGCCGAGACGGAGAAGCUGAUCCGCGAGAAAGACGAAGAGCUGCGUCGCAUGCAAGAGAUGCUGGAGAAGAUGCAGGCCCAGAUGCAGCAGAGCCAGGCUCAAGGAGAACAGUCGGACGCUCUCUGAGGCUCUAGCCCCGACCGUCUUACCUCGGCUCCGCCUUCAGUCCGUCUCUUGUCCAAUCCUCAGGCCCCAGGCUGCCCAACACCUAAUCCCGGAGCCCCAGCCGGUUGGCCCGCCUUGCUCUGGCUCUCUGUAGGUUCUCUGGCUAAACGGUUCUCCCCAGUCCCCGAGUUUGUAGCCCCGCCCCGGCUGCCUUGGCUCCACCCCCAGCCCGCUCUGCGCCCACUCCAAUCCAGCCCAGGACCGCCCUCUCCUAGCUUCGGGCGUCUCCCUCUUCAGGCAGCUUGUUUAAUAAAAACAAGGAGCUUCUUUGAG